CCUCCCGCGAGGGGCGUAGCGCCCGGGUGCGCGCAGGUUCCGGAAGCCUGGCUGGGCGCCGCCGUGGUCCCCUGCGUUCAGUCUCUCCCUGCACCUGGGACGCCGCAGCAAGCGUGCGUCAGGGGUCCUCCUGGGGUAGCCACGGGAACUGCCCCCGCGGUCCUCGGUCGUUCCCAGGGCCGGCUCGUCGCACAGCCCCAGCGAGAAAGGCGGGGACAUAAGGACAGGAUAGCGCGGUUUUUCAUGCAGUUCUCAAAACGUAGGACGAAAUUCUGGCACGGGAAGCUGCAGACAGUUUGUAAAACCCAUGCAGCCUGAGGACUUCGUGCUGGAUGCCCUUGUGGACCCUGAAGGAUGCCGAGGGGCAGAGAGGGGAAGCAGCUUGCCACUCCUCCCCCAGGCAUGUCAGGACCAAGGCCUGUCGUCCUGAGCGGACCGUCGGGCGCUGGGAAGAGCACCCUGCUCAAGAGACUCCUGCAGGAGCACAGCGACAUCUUUGGGUUCAGCGUGUCCCACACUACGAGGGACCCGCGGCCUGGCGAGGAGAACGGCAGAGAUUACUACUUUGUGACCAGGGAGGUGAUGCAGCGGGACAUUGCCGCCGGAGACUUCGUGGAGCACGCUGAGUUCUCAGGAAACCUGUAUGGGACCAGCAAAGCGGCCGUGCGCGCCGUGCAGGCUGUGAACCGCAUCUGCGUGCUGGACGUGGACCUCCAGGGCGUGCGCAACAUCAAGAAGACCGACCUGCGGCCCAUCUACAUCUUUGUGCAGCCACCCUCGCUUGAUGUCCUGGAGCAGCGCCUGCGACAGAGGAACACAGAGACAGAGGAGAGCCUGGCCAAGCGGCUGGCCGCUGCCCGGGCAGACAUGGAAAGCAGCAAGGAGCCCGGCCUGUUUGACCUGGUCAUCGUCAACGACAGCCUGGACAAGGCCUACUGGGCUCUGAAGGAGGCACUGUCCGAGGAAAUCAAGAAGGUUCAAGGGACAGGCCACUGUUGAGGAGGCUGCCAACUGUGUCCUCCCUGGACAGGGCCCUGCACCCACCCAGGAAGCCAGGGUGUCCCCAAGAGGAGUUUCUGCCUGUGUCGUUCACCCCGUCCCCAUGCCCAUUUGUGGGUGCCCUGUGCUCAGUCCCCCUCUCCACUAGGAGCUGGUCCUGUGUCCUAAUAAAGAGCUGCUGGUUAGUGUC